GUGACUCAGCUGUUGUAUGUAUGAGAUUUGUCCAUACACUGGCUCUUCAGACAAGGCAGGUCCAAGUGGAUUGUCCAGGUCAUAGAGAAAAUCUACUAGAACUGGAAACUGACAUGGAAAGGUCUUCCAUAUCUCAAGUUGAGAAGUUCCAUAUCAUACUAAACAUGGAGAAAGAAGAAAAGAAAUAUGUCAAUAAAGCAGAGGAAGAUGAGAUGGAGAUCUAUGGCUAUGAUCUGUGUCGCUGGAAGCUGGUGCUAGUURCUGUAGGAGUGAUCUGUUCUGGUGGCUUUCUUCUCCUCCUCCUCUACUGGAUGCCUCAGUGGCGUGUGAAAGCAACGUGCAAAAGGACUACGCUUAAGGACUGUGAAGUGGUUCUGCUGAGAACAACUGAUGAGUUCAAGAUAUGGUUUUGUGCAAAGGUUCGCGUUAUGCCUUCUUURGGAGCCAAUCCUUUACAGAAUCCUAACCCUAUAGUGCACAAGGUUUCAAAUGGCCAUGCUGUUCAUUUCUCUGAAUCUGCUGYAGAAGAGAAUAAAAAUGAUUCRAAAACUUAUUUGCCUAUUCGUUAUUUCACACAUCACAGUGUGAAGUAUUUUUGGAAUGAUUCAGUUCAAAGUUUUGAUGUUGUAAGAGGUCUAGAUGAAUCUACCUUCUGCUCUGCAAUUCAUAAUGAGCACAGCACAGGACUGACAAAGGGAAUGCAUGAUUACAGAAAAGCAUUCUAUGGAGUAAAUGAAAUUGCUGUGAAAGUGCCUUCCAUUUUUAAGCUUCUGGUUAAGGAGGUUCUCAACCCUUUUUACAUUUUCCAGUUGUUCAGUGUGAUAUUGUGGAUCACUGAUGAGUAUCACUACUAUGCAUUAGCAAUUGUGAUUAUGUCUGUAAUAUCCAUUGUUAGCUCACUCUACACCAUUAGAAAGCAAUAUGUUAUGUUACAUGACAUGGUAGCAGCUCACAGCAUUGUAAGGGUUUCUGUCUGCAGAGGAAACCAAGAAAUAGAAGAAAUCCUUUCCACCGACCUCGUGCCUGGAGAUACCAUGUUGAUUCCAUCCAAUGGGACAAUUAUGCCCUGUGAUGCAGUACUGCUCAGUGGCACUUGCAUUGUAAAUGAAAGUAUGCUAACAGGUGAAAGUGUUCCUGUCACAAAGAUUAAUCUGCCAAAUCCUUCGGAGUAUCCAAAAGCAGUGGGAGAUGAGAUCUACAGUCCCGAAGUGCACAAGCGGCACACGCUGUUCUGUGGAACCAACGUCAUUCARACCCGCUUCUACACUGGGGAGUUGGUCAAAGCUCUGGUAGUCAGAACAGGCUUCAGUACUGCUAAAGGACAGCUUGUUCGUUCCAUACUGUAUCCAAAGCCAACUGAUUUUAAGCUCUACAGAGAUGCCUAUUUGUUUCUCCUGUCCCUGGUGGUGGUGGCAGGCAUUGGRUUUCUUUACACGAUUGUCAAUAGYAUCUUAAAUGAGGUUCCAGCUCGUACCAUCAUCAUUGAGUCUCUCGACAUUAUCACUAUCACGGUGCCUCCAGCACUCCCUGCUGCUAUGACUGCUGGCAUCGUUUAUGCACAAAGAAGGUUGAAAAAAAUUGGCAUCUUCUGCAUCAGCCCACAAAGGAUAAAUAUUUGUGGCCAGCUGAAUCUUGUGUGUUUUGAUAAGACUGGCACACUUACUGAGGAUGGCUUGGAUCUUUGGGGCAUUCAGCGGGUGGAAAAUGCUCGUUUCCUUUUGCCGGAAGAGAAGGCUUGCAGUGAGAGCUUGCUGAAGUCCGAGUUUGUUGCUUGCAUGGCAACUUGUCAUUCCCUUACAAAAAUUGAAGGGGUGCUUUCUGGAGAUCCUCUUGAUUUGAAGAUGUUUGAAGCAAUAGGAUGGAUUUUAGAAGAAGCAACUGAAGAGGAGACAGCCCUUCAUAAUCGAAUCAUGCCAACAGUGGUUCGACCUUCAAARCAACUUUCCCCAGAAUCUAAGCAAGCAACAGAUCAAGAAAUGGAGCUCUUUGAGCUGUCGACUGGGUAUGAAAUUGGAAUCGUGCGCCAGUUUCCAUUUUCCUCAGUGUUGCAGCGCAUGUGUGUAAUAGCCAGGGUUCUAGGGGAGAAGAGAAUGGAUGCUUACAUGAAAGGUGCCCCAGAAGUGAUUGCCAGCUUGUGUAAGCAGGAAACAGUUCCUGUUGACUUUGAGCGUGUCCUGGAGGAAUACACUAAGCAGGGCUUCCGAGUUAUUGCUCUUGCUCACAGAAAACUGGAGUCCAAGCUUACGUGGCACAAAGUCCAGACUAUUAGCAGAGAUGCUAUUGAAAGCAACAUGGAUUUUAUGGGGUUAAUUAUAAUGCAAAACAAGUUAAAGCAAGAAACCCCUGCUGUACUUGAAGAUUUGCAUAAAGCCAACAUUCGCACUGUCAUGGUUACAGGGGAUAACAUGUUAACUGCUAUCUCUGUGGCCAGAGACUGUGGAAUGAUUCUACCUCAGGAUAAGGUCAUAAUUGCUGAAGCACUACCUCCAAAGGAUGGGCAGGCUGCCAGGAUCAACUGGCAUUAUGCAGAUACCCUUGCAAAAUGCACUAGUUCAUCACCAGCCAUAAACUCAGAGGAUAUUCCAGUUAAAUUGGUCCAUGAAAGCCUUGARGAUCUACAGAUGACAAAAUACCAUUUUGCAAUGAAUGGGAAGUCAUUUGCAGUGAUUUUGGAGCAUUUUCAGGACCUGGUACCCAAGCUCGUGCUACACGGCACUGUGUUUGCUCGCAUGGCACCUGAUCAGAAAACUCAGCUGGUGGAAGCUUUACAAAAUGUAGAUUACUAUGUGGGAAUGUGUGGAGAUGGAGCAAAUGACUGUGGGGCACUAAAGAGGGCACAUGGUGGUAUAUCUCUGUCUGAGCUUGAGGCUUCUGUGGCAUCACCAUUCACUUCCAGGACACCCAGUAUUUCCUGUGUGCCAAAGCUGAUCAGGGAAGGCCGUGCUGCUUUAAUAACUUCCUUCUGUGUGUUUAAAUUCAUGGCAUUAUACAGCAUCAUCCAGUACAUCAGUGUUACUUUGCUGUAUUCUAUCCUGAGCAAUUUGGGAGAUUUCCAGUUUCUCUUCAUUGAUUUGGCAAUCAUUUUGGUGGUUGUCUUCACUAUGAGUCUGAACCCUGCUUGGACAGAGCUGGUUGCACGAAGGCCUCCMUCAGGUCUUAUCUCAGGUCCACUUCUGUGCUCCGUGUUGUCUCAGAUCAUCAUCUGCCUUGCUUUCCAAACCUUGGGGUUCUUUUGGGUCAAACAGCAGUCCUGGUAUGAGCCUUGGACACCAGACUCUGAUGCAUGUAAUGCGUUGGACACCAAGAACACCAGCUCUGCACAUCAUGGGAAUGAGACUAUUCAUGAUGAACAUUACAUUAAAAAUUAUGAAAACACAACUUUGUUUUUUAUAUCCAGCUUUCAGUACCUCAUAGUGGCAAUUGUCUUUUCUAAAGGAAAGCCCUUUAGACAACCAUGCUACAAAAAUUUUCUGUUUGUUCUAUCAGUUAUAGUUCUUUAUGUCUUCAUAUUUUUCAUCAUGUUGCAUCCUGUUGAACCUAUUGAUGAAUUUCUUGAGCUUGUGUGUGUGCCACCUGAGUGGCGCCUAAGAAUUGUCAUCAUCGUUAUUCUAAAUGCAGUUGUAUCCGUGCUGACAGAGAAUGUCCUCCUUGAUAUGAUCCUUUGGAAGGUUGUGUUCAAUCGAGACAAACAAGGAGAAUCUCGCCUCACCAUACCCCAGCCGCCUCAGGAGGCUGGGGACCGCUGUGGAGUCUGUUUCCUUUCUUCCCUGUUGGGUUGUAGAGAGAAGACACCAAAAGCCAAGUAUAUGCACCUAGCUCAGGAACUGCUGGUUGAUCCAGAAUGGCCACCAAAACCCAGGACAACAACAGAAGCAAAAGUACCAGCCCAAGAGAAUGGUUCAUAUCAAAUCAUAACUGUAACAUAGCAGUGGAUCUUGGUGGCAUGUAUCUUCAGUAGUAUUCAGAAGAAUGUAAUUUUAAGGCUUUAUUUGAAACUGCAGUGUGCUAAAUGUCAAAUUCUAAAGCAGAUAUUUCCAACUGUUUUGUCUCUCUGAAUACUAAAUUCAGAGCCAGGUGUCUUAUGGCUAUACAUUUUAAAAAUGUAGGUUACCUUAGGCAGAACAAAAAUGAUUGUGUUUCCUUCCACCUUCUUUCAGAUUUCAUUGUUCCUAAAUGAGAUGCAUUUGAAGGUUUAAACUGCAGGGCAGUUAGAACAGGUUCACAUUAUUUGCCUGGAGUAUCUUCAUAGUUGUUCUAACCUGCUUAUCUGGGCAUGUGUUCAUGUAAACCCUAUAAUGUAAUGGUUUCAUGGCUGUACUAGAGGUGCAUAAUAACUUAGUCAUGGUUUUGGGUUUUUUGUGUUUGUUUUUUUUUAGUUGGUUGGGGUUAUUUUGGUUGGUUGGUUUUUAUUUGGCUGAUGAAAAGUUUUGUGUCCAGAACAGUUCUAAAGUUUAUGUGUGUGUACCUCUAAGUUUGUCCCUACUAGUAAGGAGUGUUUCCAGGUGUAAUGUUUAGGUUCUAAGUUCAGUUCUUUAGUCUGCCACAGCAGGAAUUGGGAAUGCUGUAGAAGCAAUAUGCUCUGUCCUUAAGAAAUAAGCACAUUGCUUUCAUGUGGAUUCUUGACUUUUUUUCUAGCUAACCACAAGGAAGAGCUUAGGUGGCCUCCAGGGGAGGAGUCAUUUGGCUAUGCUGUAAAGUUUUUGGAGAAAGAAGGAUGGRGAAUCUGAACACUUUCUUCUCUGUCAAGUUUUAUUACAUUUAACUAUGCAUUUCUCCAUAGACCUUGCUUUUUCCAGAAGAAGGGUUGCAUUUUAUCUUUGUGGACCAUGUUUUGUUUUUUUUUUUAAAUCUAAAGAUAAUUUACCCAUAUACCUUGAAGUAGUAAGGUCAGAGUUACUACUCCAAGGGAUAUGGGAGUGGGAGGGAAGUCUGUUGUCACAUGCCCAUGCUUGGGAUCUGUGCACGUUAAGGACACAGGCAUUUCAAAGAGUCUGCCAAUGUCCUAAGCAUUACAUGUAGCUGUAUGAAACAAAAUUAAGAGAAAAUAGAGCUAAAGUCUGUCUUGCUGCAGAACUGUAAGGCUUAUGCAGAUUUUAUUUAUUGGGAAAAAAAAAAAAAAAAAAAAGAAAGAAAAAAGAAAA